GAGUCAGCGCGCGCUUGCACGGUAAGAGCAUCUCACGCUUCAAAUGGUCUUUGUAUGUUUUAAUUCAAUUUCAAGAGCAGGUACAGUACACUAUAUUAAUAUUAAUAACAUUAUACGUUAAUCAAGAAUUUGUUAUAGAUUAACUAUUAUUAAGUAUAUAUCUAUGUAUUACAGAUUUAUUAAGUAUUUGUAUUAUAAUUAAACAAAUCACACCAAUAAAUAAACCACUGUUUAACCCUUUGAGUUCAGAAUUACAACACAUAGACACAUUGAAUGACACAAACAAAGCACAUUUAUAACUAACUUAUAGUUGAGUGGCAAAACCAGUCAUGAGGGUCAAUUUUUUUAAAUAUAGAUUUAAGUUAUACAUCAUCUGAAGCUGAAUAAAUCAUCUCUCCAGUGAUGUGUGGUUUGUUCGGAGGACAAUAUUUGUCUGAGAUACAACUAUUAGAAAAUCUGGAAUCUGAGGGAGCAAAAACAUCUAAAUAUUGAGAAAAUCAUCUUUAAAGUUGUUCAAAUGAAGCUCUUAGCAAUGCAUAUUACUAAUCAAACAUUAGGUUUUGAUUUAUUUACGGUAGGAGAUUUACUAAAUAUCUUCAUGAACAUGAUCUUUACUUAAUAUCCUAAUGAUUUUUGGCAUAAAAGAGAAAUGUAUAAUUGUGACUCAUACAAUGUAUUGUUGUCUAUUGCUGUAAAUACACGUCUGUGACACUGAUGACUGCUUCUUCUUCCUUCCUUUCAAAGGAUUGUGUGAAUUUCUGGGUGAACUGUAGAAGUUGAUGUUAUUCUGCGAUCUGAUUGGAUGGGUCUCACACUGUGCUGCUUGCUGAAGGACGCCGGUCCUAAAAAACACUAUAAAUCCCAAUCAGCAUUCGGUCCGUUUUCUGUAGCCCCGCCCAUUCGCCUAGCGGUGCUGUUAGACACGCCCCCCGUCGCCCCAGGAAACCCGCGGUCACAGUGGAGCCACACCUACCUGUCGCCCAAUCUGAAGGUGUGUCCGUCGGGGGGGCGUGUCUCUCGUGCCCGAGUGGAGCAGAGCAGCGAUGCGGUCCGUGGUGCGGUCGGCACGGCGACGGGGCUCCAUAUAUGGGAGGUGAUGUGGGAGGAGCAACAGAGAGGAAGCCAUGCCGUACUGGGUGUGUCCACGCACAAAUGCACCCUUCAGUCCUCGGGCUACACGGUGUUAAUAGGAGGAGACUCAGGUUCCUGGGGCUGGGAGCUCUCGACCAAUCAGCUCUGGCAUGACGGGAGGGCAGGGAGGCGGUACCCUGGGGGCGGAGCCAGGGUCUUAAGUGUUCCAGAUCGUGUGCUAUUGGUGGUGGACGCAGACGCAGGGACGCUGGGUUACGUGGUGGACGACUGCUAUCUGGGCGUCGCCUUCCAGGACCUCCCCAAAGGGGCGGAGCUUUUCCCUGCAGUGAGCUGUGUUUGGGGCGGAGCUCAAAUCUGCAUACGCUACCUGUGUGGCAUGACACGAGACGCACCUGCUCUGGAGGCUCUGAGCCGUCUGUGUGUGCGAGGGGUCCUCGGGGGGGCCGGGCCCCGGGGCCUGAUGCUGUCGGUCCCGUCUGCUCUCCAGCGCCUCCUGCUGGACGCACACUGACACUGCACACACCUUCAUCUCCUCUAGUUCACUGACCCUGGUCACAACAGAAUGGUCUGAACAUCUAUAUUCUCUGACUCCCUUUCCUUCUGUUGCUUUUCUUUUCCUCUCUCUAUUUAUAGAGAUGUAUAGUGAAUAUUAUGUUAAUAUUUGUACACACACAAAUGCAUAAAUUUAUAACUGAGGAAGUCAAUUUUUUUAUCAUAUAUAUUUAUUCACACAUAAUGUAUAUUUUAACAUAUAAAAUGAUAUCUUCUUCCACCUUUUUACAUUUAGUCAUUUGGCAGAUGCCACUGUUAUCUUCCUGUUAUCUCUGUCAUGCUGCUUCCAAAUAAUGUAUUGUAUAAAAGCUCUAUUUUAAUAAAUAUGACUUGACUUGAAAGUAAUAUCACAUCAAAAUAACAUCUUUCAUUAUGAAGAAUAUCAUCAUAUGAGACUGAAUCUCAUGAAAACUAUAUGAAUAAUUAGGAACAGGGGCGGCGUUAGGGGUGGGCUAAGGGGGCUGGAGCCCCGACUGUUUUUAUUACCACCAUGCCAUCAAUGAGUUUUCAUGCCCAAUAAAGUAAUUUAAAUUAGAAUUUAAAUAAAUAUCUCUCGACUCAAGUCCACAGUGUCUGUAAAUUUACCCAAGUAAGUACGCGUUGUCAUUCACAUCCGACGAAAACCGCCCACUGAGUCUAGUGCUUCUGACUGACAUGUAAACUGGCCAAUCAUCGAUGAGCGUCUGUACGAUCCAGCCAAUGAAGUGAGAUCUUUUGGAGGCAGGCGAUCAAUUUAUUCGAAAAUUAAAAUGGAUAUUUAAAAAGUCAUCUUCUUCUUCUUAAAAAAAGGAAGUAAACCCCCCCAGCCAAAACACUUGAAUGCCAAGAUACAAAAGCUUACUUCAGGUAUCUGUAACUUUCAUAUUUAUUUUUCGGUUUUAAAUUGUGUCUGAUUUAACGUCACAUUUUGAACAUGGAACAGUUAACGGUUGCGCAGCACAGUCUGUAGGGGACACACACACACACACUUUUUUUUCUGAAUGAAUCAUCCGUUUCUAACGAAUCCAUUGAUUAAAUGACUGACCGACUCACUCAUUAAGGCAGUGGCAUGCCGCCACCUAGUGGCAAAGUACCAUUCUAAUUUUUUUUCAUAAUUUCAUAUUUCUGUAGCCUAUUCCAAAUUGUAUAUUUGAUACAUUAACCUUCUUAUGAUUAUUUAUGCAAUUUGUAAGUGCUGUGUAAGUGCUCCUUCAAAAAUAUAAGUGUAUAGAGCCCUGCGUUUAUAAUUAUACUUGGCUUUAAACACAGAGAUAAAGUCCUUUGACCGGUAUAUCGUUAUAGAGUAAGAGUGUGUCAGUGCACUGCUUCAUGUUUGCUUCUUAUCCCUGUUCUACCAGGACGAGUGUAGCCAGUCAGGCUUGAUUGGAAAAUAAAAUAAAACAGAGACAGAGACAAAAAAAAAAAAGUGAGAUAGAGACACAACAUCAGCAUAUGUGUCAGGAUAAAAGGGAUAAACUUUAAAUAAAAUGUUUUAAAUUUGUUUUUAUUGUUUUUGUAUAUUUUAAACUAGGUAAAUCUUUCUGAUUUAUUAAAAUAAAAAAGUCACAUACAUGGAUCUCCACUCACCCUAGAACCAACCCUGCUUAUGACAACAAACUGUUAGAAGAAAGGGAUCAUUGGGGUUCUAUAUAGAACCAUAGGGUUCUUUACUCAACUCCAAAGAACCUUUUAUGCUAAAAAGGUUCUAUAAUGACAAGAAAGAACCCUUUUGGCACAAAGGGUUCAUAUCUUGAAUUUUGUGAUCAUUCACAUGCAUUCAUAAAUUCAUUUGAAUACACCGAAUAAUGCAGUGAAAGAACACACUCAAAAUGCACACGCGCACUAUUAUGACUUCAUCAUGAAACUUUACAUUAGCCUAGAUGCCUGCACUUUUUAGGCACGAUUUGUUUAGUUUUUGAAUAUACUUGAUACUGUUAAAAGGCACAUCAUUAAAACAAAAAAUACGAGUUCACAUUUCACACCUAAACAAGCGUGGAAAAUGUAAUUAUAACUAGCUACUAAAUUAGAUACAAAUGCCUAUCCAUAUACAGCUA